AUGAAACCCCCAAUUCUCCGUCGCAAGCUGCCGUUCAGACUCCACCACGCCCAAAACCUCACCCGCUCUUUCUGGGGCCGUAAGGGUGACGAACCAGUGGAAUCAUUAAUCCCCCAAAUCUCCGAAGAAUGGCAUCGCGGGGUAGAGCAGCACCCCGACCUGCACCGGGAUCCUCCCAAGUCAGUCGCGAUUCUGGGUGCAGGAGUUACGGGUCUAACAGCAGCCUACCAACUUUCACACUUCUCCCCGGAAACUUCAAUAACCCUCCUUGAAGCCUCGCCCAGAACAGGCGGUUGGAUCCGCUCUCUCAAAAUCCCGACCUCAAAGGGUUCCAUAACCUUCGAAACAGGGCCUCGCACUCUUCGUCCCUGGACCGUCAAUGGCAUUAUAACAUUAAAUCUAGUAUCUCAUCUCUCCCUCCAAUCUCAAAUCCUCAGUGUCCCAAAAUCGUCCCCAGCCGCAAAAAACCGUUACAUCUACUUCGACAAACGUCUGAACGAACUUCCAUCUUCUAUACAAGGAGUACUUAAAGCCUUACAACUCCCUGUCUUGAAGGGUGCCAUACCUUCGGUUCUUACCGAAAUAUUCAGGAGAAAGAGAGCUAAAGAUGUUGAAGAUGAAUCCGUGGAAUCGUUUUUAACACGGAGGUUGGGUGCAAACUUGACAAAUAACCUUGCAUCGGCAGUAUUUCAUGGGGUUUAUGCUGGGGAUAUUGCGAAUUUAAGUGCCGACGCGCUGUUACAUACCCUAUACCGUAAUGAAAGAGUGUAUGGGAGUAUCACGAGAGGGAUUUUGGGCGUACAGGAGAUGUUGUUGGAGGAGAAGCUGUUAGAGGGAGUUUAUGGUUCUAGGACUGCACCCUUACUAAAUCGGCUAAAGACAACAAGUAUAUACUCUUUCAAAGGUGGUAUGGAGACUUUGACGAAGAGGAUGGAGGAAGCAGUACGAGAAGAAUGCGACGUUACUGUUAAGACUGGUGUAAAAGUUGACGGUCUUAGAUAUAACCAUGAAACAAGCGAAGUCGAGGUGCUGGGAUACGACUCCCCCCACAAUUCAUUCGACUUUGUCAUAUCAACCCUUCCAGCGUGGUCAACUGCCAGCCUACUACCGCCAGAGACAUCAAAUGCCCUAUUUGAAACUAGAGGAGUAACGGUCAUGGUUGUCAACCUAUUUUACGACAAACCAAACAUGACGGGUUACUCUGGCUUCGGAUAUUUGAUCCCCAAAUCCGUCCCACUAGAACAAAACCCUCACCGAGCGCUAGGCGUAAUCUUCGAUUCAGAUGCAAUGCCAGAACAAGACGAACGUCAGGGCACCAAAGUAACGGUCAUGCUCGGCGGACACUGGUGGGACAAUGCUACAUCCAUCCCAUCCGAAGAUGAUGGCGUAAAAAUGGCAAAGGAAGUGCUUCUUCAACAUCUAGGCAUAACGGAAGAACCAGCGGAGACAAUGGCAUCCCUGCAAGUAGAUUGUAUCCCACAAUAUGGAGUCGGACAUGCAGGAAGGCUAAGGCAGGCACACGAAGACCUGAUGGACAAAAUGGGUGGGAAACUAGUCCUCGCUGGAAGCAGCUAUGGGGGGGUAGGGCUAAACGAUUGUGUUAGAAGUGCUAGAGAUGCAGCAUUUGGAGUAGCAGCGGGAAGACCCAUGACCAACCUCGAAAGAUGGGCUUUCGAGGAGGUCUGGAUUCCCAAGGAUAUGCCAUAA